AUGAAACCCUGCAAACUGAAUCAUCGUAUGGAGUCUAGCUUGGAAGUGGAUGCCCAGAGCAGAAGCGGGUCGGGCUGUGCAGCAAAGUGUGGCUCCGAACGCCUGGAGAACGCAGCCAAGCGGAGGCUGGCAGCUAAUGCCAGGGAAAGGAGGAGGAUGCAGGGGCUCAACACUGCUUUUGACCGUCUCCGUAAAGUCGUCCCCCAAUGGGGCCAGGACAAGAAGCUCUCCAAGUAUGAAACCCUGCAGAUGGCCCUGAGUUACAUCAUGGCUCUGACGAGGAUCCUCGCCGAAGCCGAAAGGUACAACACGGAGAAAGACUGGAUUAACUUCCACUGUGAGCAUUUCCACCAGGAGAACUACCCUGCUUACACAGGGCAGAAGGUGGCUACGGAAGCUGGUCCGUACGCACAGAGACUUUUCAGCUUCCAGCCUGACAGCUACUAA